AUGAAACAAUUAUAAAACCCGUAUUUGUGCCUUAUUGGAAAUUAGAGAAGUCUUAAAACUACACUUUUAUAAUAUUUCACAUACUACAAAAUAGUGGAUACAUAAUUGUGUGUUUAUUUGGUCUGUUCAGAAGAAAAGUUCUUAGCUAAUACAUCUUUAUUCGGAAAAUUGAUACCUGUUUAUUAAGAAACAUUGUAACAAAUGAAUGUUAAAUUAAUUAAGAGCUAUUCUGAAUACUUAGCUGUACUGGGUUCUUUUUCGUAUUUAGAUAAUAAUUAGUACGAUAUCUUUAUAUUUGAUGACAUCUCUCAUUUUAUAGGAACUGAUUAAAAAGAAAAAAAAUUGAAUUUAGUGCUGCAUUUAAUUUCACAAAUAAAGCCAAGAUAGCAAUUAGAUGAUUUUCAGAUUAUUGUAAAUUUAUAGAGUGAUAUUAUUGGUUAAUUGAUUGACUUAAUAAAUUUAAUUCGAUAUCAUAACUUUUUGAUUUGUGAACUAAAAUUAAGUCCAAAAUUAACAAUACAAAUAGUUGAUAUCAUAAAAAUAAUGGAUAACUACUAAUUACAAUACAAAACAAUAAUUAUGUCUGAUAUUUCAAGAGCAAUUAACGAUAGAUUGUGA